UCUAUCAAGAUGGCAGCGGUGUGAUAUGUGUGUUUACGUUGCGCUGCAUAUUGGCAGAGUUUGCAACCAUUUGUCAGGUAUUAAGUUAUCUUAGUGAAAACAUGGCAGAAACUCAAACCCCCGUUGAAGAGCGAAAGGUCACGAUGAAGUCGACAAAUACUGACCCAAUAGUAACAACUCUAGUGAGACAAUUGAUAAAUGAGCUGGAAUUGAGAACUGACACUACCAAAGAGGCAACAGUCACGGAAUUAAAAUUGCGAUUGAUCAAAUCAAAACAAAGGAAAUUGCGAUUUUUCAAAAACGCGCUAGAUCUGAAAGACGUCUUCAAAGCCUUGGCGGAGAAUCACGAAUGUAUUUUAAAAGCAUUGGAAUGUUUUUGUAUCAAUUUUAUUCAAAUAAAUCGCCAAGCUACCAGUAUCAUUUUGAGGUAUUGUGAAGAUAUCAAGACGGUUGUGAACGUACACAAAAUCGUCACCAGUAACAAGGGAGGUGUGCUUUCAAGAAUAACACAUACAACUGACCUGUCAGAGGGGGACUACCAAUCUGGCUACCUGACAAUCAGGAACUAUCAAGAACGAAAUGAUAGUUUCCAGAUGUAUGUAUCAACAAAUGGGCAAGACAUCGAUUCCAUGACUGCAGCGGGGUUUUACGCUACAAGCGAUGGAAAUGAAAUACAAUGCAUCCAUUGUGAUGAAGUCAACAACAACUGGAAACCUGGAGAUAACCCUUUUAUCAUUCACGGACCCGGUGAUGCAUCCUGUCCUAAUAUAAGGACGUCAAAAAGACAGGAAUCAAUAACAAGUGAUGCUGCAUUGUUCAGACCUACUGCCAAACACAAAAUUAAAAUGGACCAUUCAAGAAUGAAAAAGAGACAAAAGCGAAUGAAACAACCACCUGUCACAAAGCAUCUUGUCAGAGUAAAGAAAGUCAGGCCGAUAGCUGCCAAACCAAAACACUCCAAACAGUCCUUACCAUUUUUGAGGAAGAGGAAAUGGACCCACAGAAGCAGCAUAAAAGGAAGUAUAGAUAUCCCGCUGUUUGAAACGAAGCAUGCCAAACAUGAUAACAACAUGAAAGAACAGUCUCGGACUUCAGAGUGCACCUCGCAGGAUGACAGGAAGUCAAUCCCGUCAAGUACAGUUUCUUCCAAGAAUGCGAAUGCAUAUACAAUGUCUAAUGGUAUGGUUGUAGAUGAUGGAACCAGUGAAGUGAAACCUAAAAACAACAUGUCAUCAACCGAAGAGACGUGUGACCAACCAUUCAAUAUUACAACAUCGUCAGAAGACAACGAUAGUGAAGCGAUACAAAAUAAAGAAAUAAGUGAAAACGUUUCACAUGCUAUUGUCAAUCCAAGAUAUAAAGAGCAGGUAGCACGCUGGCAAACUUACAGCAAUUGGACAUCGUCCCUCAAUAUUGAUCAUUUAGUGAAAGCGGGUUUCUUUUAUACAGGUGAUGACGAUAUUGUGCGAUGCUUCAACUGUGAUAUCGGUUUAGCGGAAUGGGACAGAGAAGAUGACCCAUGGAUAGAGCACGCUCGUCACAUCCCUGAAUGUUCUUUUCUCAAAGAGAAAAAGGGCGAGGAAUACAUAGGCGACGUCCAAAAACAAUGGUCGAAGAUAUAUUCACCGAAGUACCCUCAAUUUAUUGAAAUGUUUGCCAGAAUUGAAACAUUUGAUUCCUCCUGGUCACAACGGGAUGUACGUCAAUCACCAGAACAACUAGCUACGGCUGGUUUCUUUUACACAGGUGAAGUCGACUGCGUUUGCUGUCACUACUGUGAUGGAGUUCUAAGGGAGUGGGAGCCAACAGAUAACCCGUGGGUCGAACACGCCCGCUGGUUUCCGUUUUGCAAAUUUCUUCUGAAGAUAAAGGGUAUCGAUUUCAUCGAAGAUGCAAUUGACAAUUCUAAUUCUGAAGGAGAUGACUUCGGAGGCGACCUGAUGUCUUCCCCAGCAAAGGAAAUAGGCUCAAUCUUUGGCCGAAUCUGUGACUGGGAAGACAGAACAAGAGAUGAUAUGAUGGGAACUGGUGAUAUCAAAACUUCUUCAGACACCCCCAAUGAUUUCAUGGAUGACAAUGACGAGAAGGCUGAUUCAUCCAUCAACCAGGUUCAAAAACAUGAUCUCAACAUUCCCCUAGUGACAAAGGAAUCUACAGAUACCGAAGUGUCAGUCUUCGUGGAUAAUCAGGACAUUAGUGACAAAGACAAUGAGAACCUACAAAUUCUGGAUACUUUACAACGCGAGAAUGCACGUCUGAAAGAAAGAUCGAGGUGCAAGAUUUGUUUUGAAGAGGAGGUAUAUUCAGUAUUUCUUCCAUGCGGGCAUGUUAUUGCCUGUCGUAAAUGUGGUGAAAAUGUUACUGAAUGUCCGAAAUGUAACGCGACUGUAAAUGGUCGAUCGAAAGUCCGUUUGUGAUAAUGAAUGGUUUGAUCGUCACGAGCCAUAGACAAUUUGAAAGUGCAUUUUAUUGUUUUGGACAAGCUUCAGCAUGUCAUCAUCGUAAAUAUCUUGCCUAUGCAAGUGCAUCUAUAUCAAAACUAGAACAAUACAAAUGAUAGCAAGGACGGAGUUACACAAAAUUUGCAUGAGUGCGUAUGCAUUUCUAAACCAUUUGAUAAAAAAAGUAAACUGCCAAUACAUAAUAUAGGUCAGCUGAAAGGCCAAUAUGACAUAUAGGGGGCAUGUAACCUGUAGAUGUCAUAAAUUGAUAAAGCAUCCAGUUUACUGAGACAAAAACUGCAAUGUGUGCAUAAGUAAUGUGUAAAUACCGACGUUAGCAAAGUGUUUGUAUUGUUGUAGGUAUGGGGAAUAUGGUUACAUAUUAAUGUUUGCAUAUAAGCUGUGUAACUUGCAUUAAGUUGUUUGAAAACUGCAUGGUUGACUUUUUUGUCAGUUGCUGAGUAAAAGAUAUCUUAAUAUUUGUUUAUGUACAAUGUUGUUUACUCUCAAUAUUAAAUUGUUUGUAAAAGCGCUGCAAACUGCCAUACUCAUUGGUAUGUCUGGGAGUAUGCAUAAGAAUAAGUUACUGCCCAUUUAUGAUUGAUAUUAUUUCCUAGAUCUUUUAACUAUAUUAACAUCUACACGUGUUUUAAGGCCAUUUUAUAAACAUUUCUUUUAUUCACAAAAGUUUUACAGGUUUAUCACAUAACUUUGAGUUUGUCAUUUAAGCUGAAAAAUUGCCUUAGGACAGUCCAAUAUUUAACAUGAAAGGCAGUUUGAGGCUUAUAUCUUACUUAAAAGUAUCAUUCCUUGUGCUUAGACAGUAUCAGUAUCUGUUGAGUAUGUGCAGCCAUGUUUAAUCACGAAGACAAUUAAAACAAUAUAUUGAUAAAAAUAUUAAA